AUAAAGAGAAGGAAAAUAAAAUGAAGCAUUGGUUGCAGCACGAGCAAGUCAACAUAAGCUCAAAAUGAAUAUCGAUAGGGUUUAAGGGUUUUACUGAGCGAAAUAGAGAGAAAGGAAAAAGGGCAACAAAUGGAGAAGAAUACGGGAAGUGAGACGAAGAAGAUGAAUGGAGCAGGAGGAGGAGGAGGGUUUAGGGCCAAAUUGGAGCAUAUCUUAUAUAGCGGUGAGAAGAAGCACGUCAUCGGCGGCAUCGCCGUCAUCGGCGUCAUCUUCGGUGUUCCCUGGUACUUCAUGACCCGAGGCUCCAAGCAACAGUCUCACCAAGAUUACUUGGAGAAAGCUGAUAAGGCACGGAGUGCGAGGCUUUCUGCUGGUUCAUCCUCAACUAAAUAAUGAGAAGAGUUUCUUCAACCAGAUUUUUGGUGCCAGGUCCUUCAGACUUUUAAGUUAGGCGCAUACUGUUCCCAAAGUACUUAUAUAAAUGCCUCUUUUUGGACAAUCUUGUCUAAUAUGAACUAUAUAUUGCAAACAAAACCAAUCUCGACAGGUUAACAUAAUUUAUGUUUAUGUUGGGGUUGAA